AUGAACCUCAAGGACCUUCCGAGAAGCAUUUUUAACUUAGUAUCUCUUGAAUCUGUUGACUUGUCUGGUUGUUCAGCACUUGAAAAGUUACCAGAGGCAGAGAGGAAUGUUAUGGAUUUAAUGAAGCUAAUUAGGGAUGAAACUCCUAUUUAUCAACUACCAUCCUCCUUUGGUGUUUUGAAGAAUCUCAAAUAUUUAUCGUUAGAUGGAUGUAGUCGUCUCACUGAAUUACCAAACUUCUUACAAGCCCCACAUCUGGAGAGACUGGGACUUAAAGGUUUUAUGGGUUUGGUUGAGAUUCAUGAGUCAAUUGGAUAUCUUAGAAGACUUGUUUCAUUGAGUUUAAACAAUUGUAUGAACCUCAAGGACCUUCCAAGAAGCAUUUUUAACUUAGAAUCUCUUGAAUCUUUUGACUUGUCUGGUUGUUCAGCACUUGAAAAAUUACCAGAUGGGAAUAUGAUGGAUUUAACGAAGCUAAUUAGGGAUGAAACUCCUAUUUAUCAACAACCAUCCUCCUUUGGUGUUUUGAAGAAUCUCAAAUAUUUAUCGUUAGAUGGAUGUAGUUGUCUCAUUGAAUUACCAAACUUCUUACAAGCCCCACAUCUGGAGACACUGAGACUUCAAGGUUGUAUGGGCUUGGUUGAGCUUCAUGAGUCAAUUGGAUAUCUCAGAAGACUUGUUUCAUUGAAUUUAAACAAUUGUAUGAACCUCAAGGACCUUCCAAGAAGCAUUUUUAACUUAGAAUCUCUUCGAUUUUUUGACUUGUCUCGCUGUUUAGCACUUGAAAAGUUACCAGAGGGAAAUAUGAUGGAUUUAAUGAAGCUAAUUAGGGAUGAAACUCUUAUUUAUCAACUACCAUCCUCCUUUGGUGUUUUGAAGAAUCUCGAAGUUUUAUCAUUAGAUGGAUGUAGUAGUCUCACUGAAUUACCAAACUUCUUACAAGCCCCACAUUUGGAGAGACUUGGACUUAAAGGUUGUACGGGCUUGGUUGAGAUUCAUGAGUCAAUUGGAUAUCUGAGAAGACUUGUUUCAUUGAAUUUAACAAAUUGUACGAACCUCAAGGACCUUCCAAGAAGCAUUUUUAACUUAGAAUCUCUUAAAACUUUUGACUUGUGUGGCUGCUCAACACUUGAAAAGUUACCAGAGCAAUUGGGAGAUAUGAUGGAUUUAACAAAGCUACUUAUGGAUGAAACUACUAGUUAUCAACAACCAUCCUCCUUUGGUGUUUUGAAGAAUCUCGAAGAUUUAUUUUUUGAUGGAUGUAGUUGUCUCACUGAAUUACCGAACUUUUUACAAGCCCCACAUCUGAGGAGACUGCGACUUAAAGAUUGUACAAGUUUGGUUGAGAUUCAUGAGUCUAUUGGACUUUUAAAGAGACUUGUUCUACUUGAUUUAGAAAGAUGCAAGAACCUUAGGAAUCUUCCUGACAACAUUGUUAACUUAAAAUCUCUUGAAUAUCUUACUUUGUCUUGCUGCUUAAAACUUGAAAAGUUACCAAAGAAAUUCGGCAGUUUGACAGCUUUAAUGAACCUCUGUGCAAACCAAACUGCUAUUAAACAACUACCAAUCUCAAUUGGUCUUUUGAGGAAUCUUGGUAAGAUAUAUUUAUCUGGAUGUGGAGGACCAUCCUCAUCAUUGACAUCACCAAAAAGCUCCAACCGCAUAAGAUUAUUACCUUCUAUUUCUGGAUUAUGUUCUUUGACAUUUCUAAAUCUCAGUGGACAGAAUUUGUGUGAAGAUGAUAUUCCCUUUGAAUUUGGAUGUUUAUCUUCACUCAUAGAAUUGGAUUUAUCAAGAAACAAUUUUCGGAACCUAACUAGUUGCAUCAGCUGCCUUCCUAAAUUAUCUCGUUUCUGUUUGAAUGAGUGUAUUGCUCUUCAAUCAAUUUCACUCCCUAGAAGUGUAGUGCAGUUUGAAGCACUUGGUUGCACAUCAUUGGAAAGAAUCUUAAAUUUGAAGAACGGGAAAUCCAAAUAUUUUAGCCUGAAUAAUUGCCACAAACUGAUUGAGAUUCAAAAUUUGAGGAGUUUUAAGUCUGUUUUCAUGGGAAGGUGCAACAAUCUAGCAUAUGAUUUUAAGAAGAGUGUUCUCCAGAUGAUGUGCAAGGCUAAAGCGCAAUAUUAUGGCACUUCCGUUUGUCUCCCCGACAUUGAGAUUCCAAAUUGGUUUAGCCAUCAGACAACCGGUUCUUUAAUAUCUUUUCGUGUACCUUCGUUUUUCACUGGUCAAAUCAGCAAUUUGCUUCUAUGCGUUGUUUAUGCAGCAAACACGGAAGGACCCACAGACUUUGACUUCAUGUGCACAUGCCGAAAUAAAACUAGAAACCCCCAAGACCCCCUCUCGUUGAGGUCUUCUUCAGCUUACUUUGAUAUCUCUGAAGAUCAUAUAUUUGUAGACGUGAUGCCAUUUAAUCGAAUUAGAUUUGAGAUGAAAAGUGGAGACGAAAUAGAGGUGUCAGUCGAAGUUAUGGUUUUUCCUGGGCAACAGAGUGAAGUGAAGAAGCGUGAAAUACAAGUGAAGAAGUGUGGAAUCCAUCUACUAUUUGAUGACCCAAAUGUUGGAGAUGGUGACAUCUCUGAAAGUGAGGAUCGACGAUUGUACAAUUGGUACCCAUGCCUCACCAAAUCCAGACCACAAUCCCCCCUCCCAACUAUAUGUUUCGAGCGGCCGUUGCGGAUAAAAAAGCGAAUUGGUAAAAUGCAUGCAUGAGAAACCGUUUCCUGCUGUCAAUCAAAUUCCCUCACAGACCGCAUCUGUCUGCCAUACGCAGCUCUUGGCUCGCCUACCCAAAGAUCAAGCAGACGACUCAAGUCAGAGGAAAUUGAUUGAACGGAAAUGUGGGUAUGGAAAAAUUGAAAUUGUUUCCUGAAUUCUUGUUUCUUCUGGGUUCUCAAAUUGCAGGGCUUCCAUGAUCAAAGUUGACUUUAAGCUAUAAUAAGUUAUAUAUCCACCUUACUUUGAUUGAGGCAAACGAGAUAUAAUCUUCCUUUGAUGUCUCAGGCACUAUGCUACUAAACGUACAGUUGAAAAAGGAUGUGUUUUCCAUUGGUGAUUGCAAUGGGUUUCUUGAAAGUACUGGAAAACCAACCCUUCCAGCUUUUGCUCACGGUUGCAGAGUGACAGGAGAAAUAUCUAUUGCAUCUAUUAAAUAGGAUUGGUAACGCUGGUGGAGGUCAUGCCAAUGGAGCAAAUGACAUGGAACUCGAAGAUCCAUUUGUUUACAAGCAUUUUGGAAGCAUGGCAACCAUUGGCAAAUACAAUGCUCAAUCUCGUAGGUCUUAGGCAGAGCAAGGAGGCCAAAGGAUUAUCCAUGGCAGGAUUUUUCAGUUGGCUUAUUUGGCGGUCAGCAUAUUUGACUCGUGUUUUUAAGCUGGAGGAACAGAUUUUAUGUGGCAAUCAACUGGCUUAUACAACCUUGGUGUUUGAUCGUGACAUUUGCAGAAUCUAGAUUUUGGAAUUAAAGGUAAGCAGUCAUGGCACGUUUCCUUGGGAUAUGUUGAGCAGAGUGCAAAUGAGUAUGUCGACUGCCUUCAUGGUGUGAGUCCAUUUGAAUUCGAAGAUUUGAUAAUAAUGGACGUUUUUCUGGCACAGGCGUGAAGUGAAGAAUACAGUGAACAUGACUACGAUGAAUACCUAUUGUUGUUUUUGUUUUACUCCCAUAACAACCCACAUACUUUUCUUAAUAAAGUUUAGGUGCAGCUUAUAUGAUACAUACAAUUAAGAUUUUUUUUGAUUUGACCUCCCAUGUAUCUGUUGUUCGUUCAUAUUGAAGUUGGCUGUUGUUUUUAAGCCCUGUUUUAGUUUCUUCAAGUAUCAUCUAUUCUCCCCAGCUUUUGGAAUUGAUACUUGUCAUGAGUCCUUGUACUUUUAAUAAGGUUAUAUAGAUGGCAUAUAUUGCACAGAGCUCCUCCUGGCCCCAAAAUUGCUUCAGCAGAAAAUAAGAAAGGUGUCCAUACAGAGUGCAUUUUGGAAAUCCC